GUCUUCCUGCUUUCCCAUUCUCGUCCUUGGAUUGGCCGUGAGAGGCUCAUCUACACCUUGGGCCUGCGCGUUGAGGGGCGAGAGAAGGUUGGGGCGGGGGGGGGGGGUUGUCUAUGGGCAAGAUGGCGGCGACUGCGGCCGGUGUGGGCCGAUUAGAGGAAGAGGCGUUGCGGCGAAAGGAACGGCUGAAGGCCCUACGGGAGAAAACGGGACGCAAGGACAAGGAAGAUGGGGAGCCAAGCACCAAGCAGCUCAGAGAAGGGGAGGAGGAAGGCGAGAAGCACAGGGAACUCAGGCUGCGGAACUAUGUCCCAGAGGAUGAGGACCUGAAGAAGAGGAGGGUGCCCCAGGCCAAGCCAGUUGCGGUGGAAGAGAAGGUGAAGGAGCAGCUGGAGGCCGCCAAGCCAGAGCCGGUCAUCGAGGAGGUGGACCUGGCCAACCUCGCACCCCGGAAGCCGGAUUGGGACCUCAAGAGAGAUGUGGCCAAGAAACUGGAGAAGCUGGAGAAACGGACCCAGAGGGCCAUCGCUGAGCUGAUCCGUGAGAGGCUGAAGGGCCAGGAGGAGAACCUGGCCUCUGCAGUGGCCACCACCGCCGCCUCCGAGCAAGAGGCCUGUGACUCCGACUGAGCCGUGCCCUGGCCCCUCACCCGCUACCAGGCCUGUCUUACAGGAGGAUGGUCUUGGGCUGGACUUGCCAUCACCUCCAGUUUGCCUUCAGAACUGACUCCCUGCCUCACAGUCUGAGCCCCACCCAUCCCACUGGGGGGUGAGGUCAGCUCCUUGUCUCCUGAAGGGCCCCCUGCUGAGUGGGGGCAGAGGCUACAACAGCCCUGUGGGCACGCUGUAUCUGUGCUUGUUCUAUGUAUUUUGAGCUUCUUUUUCUAUCUGGAAAUAGAAACACUCUGACCCCUGUGUGUGGCAGAAGACCGUCUGAAUACUGGGGAUGUUUUGAGUUUGGGCCCCAAGGCAGGGCAGCUGCAGAGGUGAUGCUUACUGUGAGGAGGCCCUGUAUUGGGCCGAGUGUGUUGAGGUUGGAGGGGUGGGGAAGGCCUAGGCCUGACCUUCCGACAUCUAGGUCCUGGCCCAGUCCUUGGUUAGCGGCCAUCAUCUCAAAGCCCUCGGGUGACAGCUAUAGACCUCACGGUAAUCUGUGGGACACCUUGGAGAGGUUCUCGCUGUGGUCCUCUGUAGACCCCCUGACAGUGAGAGAGAGAGCGAGGAGACUGGGCCCCUGACAGGGGUGCGCUGCAUCCAGGCAAGCCUCAACUCCGGGCUGCCACAGAUUCGAGUCCGCGGCACCGUUCAUUCACAUCCACUUAGCCCCAGAAAGCUCUCUUCCCCUUUCACCCGUCAGAGCUGGACUCUGGCUUCCCCGGAACACGGCCCCUUCAUGGGGAAGGGUGGCCCAUUCUGCUCACCUCCAGGAUAUUGUAGCCUGGAUGUCAAAGUGGCCUUGGAUCCUGGGCCCCCGGCUUUAGAACCAUGAGCCUCCCAUAUGGAGCUUACUGUCCAGAAUGACCGGCUGACCACAAGGCUGACUCCAGGUACCUAUGACCAUUUAAUUUACUUCAUCUCCUCCAGGAUGGUAACACUCUUGAGUUUCCUUCUGGAUUUCACCUUGAACCUCCUGCCCCAGUCAUGGGUCACAUCCCAGUGUCCGCCCUCUAGUUUCCAGAAACACAGUGGCCUGGCUCUGGUGGACGGUGCUGAGGAGUCGGGUGAUGGAGGGCAAUGAACGUGUGCCCACAGACCGCCACACUCAUACAAUAAAGCAGACGCUUGAACGUACAAUGACACAACUCUUCUAAGAAGGUAAUUCUUAGGAAAGGAGCAGAAAGUCGCAGCUGUAAGUAAGGGCCGAAGUGGUAGGUGGCUGACAAGGCCAGGACUGAUUCCCCCCACAAGGGACAGGGAUCAGACAUGCCCCCCAGGUGUCAGGGCUGGAGACAGGCUCCCUCUGCAUAGUCAGGAGUCUUGAGCUGUUUCCCUUCCUAGGCAUAAAGGAUGAAAAGAUGCUCACACCUCCUGGGAUUGCAGUUGGAAGCAGGAUGUUUGUCUGUGGCAAUGUAGGAUUCAGACACCUCAAGUAGACCCCCGCUUGGCAACCUGUAGGUAGGGAGAAGGAAAAGCAGAAACUGUACUCAUGAGGGGUCCUCAGAAAUGACAAAAUGCUUGAGAAAAUCCAAUCAAUGCCAUAAAGAAUGACUAACAACCCAAGGAGUGGGAGAAUUUCUGCUGGAAGAAAGUAAAGCAGUCACAUCCUGACAGGCUUUGAAAUGAGCAUUUGUUUCAUCACCAGAGAGAUCAAAGAGGGGCUGACCCCCCUCACAACUCAAGCACAGGGAUUUGUUAUAAAAAAAACAACUGAUGAGAAAUCUUGAAAAUAAAGAAUGUUUAUUAAAAUAGGAAA